ACACGCUGCUAUCAAUUGCGGGACGAAUAGGUAUUUAUAUUGCCAUACCGGCUUAUACAGUUAACCACCUCCCGGCUUCGAGUAAACAUAUAAAACACUCGAAAAAGGGGAAACCAUCACAGAAAACAUCAUAUAAUUCAAUCAUAUUGGGGAAGGAUUUCAUUAAUAGCUGCCGUCGCAUGGAAUCUUAGCAGAUUUUAGUCAUCUGUCAAAGACCUAACGCAUGUAUAUAAGGAAUUUCCCAUCUUGAAGAAUUUCAUCUUGUUUAUCCUCUAUGCAUCUGCCAAUUCAUGUAAAAACUACCCAACGCGCCAAGAACAAGAUGCCGGCCGUUUCCAGAGAUGUUCUCGCAAAACGACUGCGCCAGAAUUGGUUGGCCAAGAACCCCCUAGAUACCUGCAGUAAUGGUGGAGUCAACCUGGACGACAGUCUCACGAGCCUGAGCUGGUUACAGAAUUUAAAUAUCAUGAAGAUUGGCACCGGUGCCCCAACUCCCCCUCCCAGUCCCAUUCCCCAAGAAACAGUGGUAGUCAAGAACAUGUUUCCUCAAUUGACUACAAUUCAACCACCAAAGCUAGACUCGCGAUUAAAUUACAACGAGGUAACGUCCUUCAACAACGGGUAUGCCCAAGAUAACAUCGAUUACAAGAAUAACCCGUAUGUAAAACCUCCGUAUUCCUACGCAACUCUUAUCUGCAUGGCCAUGAAGGAGACGAAGAAAAAUAAGAUCACUUUAUCAGCAAUUUACAAUUGGAUCACCGAUAACUUCAUGUAUUACAGAAUGGCGGAUCCUAGCUGGCAGAAUUCCAUCCGACAUAAUUUAUCCCUAAAUAAGUGUUUUGAAAAAGUGCCCCGUCGUAAAGAUGAACCAGGAAAAGGGGGUUUUUGGAGGAUUAACCCCGAAUUCAGUGACAUGAUAGAAAAUGGCAUCUUUAAGAAACGACGUGGUAGUCGAGAUUGUUGUCCCGCUCCUGCCCCUAAAAGAAUAAAACGUGAAGAAGAAACGUUCGCAGCCUUAAAUGGAAACCUAGAUGACGAAAAUCAAGUUCUAGUUAAUGGUAGUGUACUUUAUUUUGGUGUCCAAGAAGAAGAUCAAGAACACUCCGAUAUUAAAACCGAUUUUAAUUGGACCUCCAUUUUACAACAAGACAUUGAGGUAGGGGGUGUCCGAAUCAAAACCGAACAAUUAUUAGACGAAGAUGAUGCUGCUAGUCCUAUUUUAGCCAUGAGUCCCCCUAGUUCUGAGUCCAACUCGGAUGAUCUGGGUCUAGAUGAUCUUCUUGCUCAAGCUGACUUUACUAACGGUGUACCCAAUUCCCAACAAUUUAGCGAUAACCCCUUAGAUUUAACCGUUACUGGACACAAUAUACGAGCACCUGACUGGUGGGAAGAAGCUUUAAAUGUUGGCGGAGAUUCCGGUAAACUAGCGGAUAUCACUCAUCAUCAAAAUCAUGGACUUAAUACACCAGUUUACUCAUCAUCGCCUGUUUAUGAAAGUGAACAAAUAUGGAUCCCGGCAAUGGAUGACGUGGGUAGUGCUUUCGAUAUGGAUAACCUGUUUGACAUUGAUAAUAUACCCAGUCCUUAUAACAUGUGAAACUCAUAAUUAUACAAAAGGUGCUUUAUAACUACUUUCAUAAAAAUAUGAGUGUUUCCCAACAUCAAGAUAUAAAAACCAAUAACAGGACAGUGUUUAAUAAAAGCUAGUGUGGCGAUCUAUUUGUUGUCGCAAGCAAUGAUUAAGUAUGUUGUCUAUUAAUGUAUUAGAAAAUCAUGCCCAGUCAUGUCUUGAGCAGUGAAAGAAUACGAAACGUUGGCUUUAUUAUUGAAGAUAUAAUGUGGUAAUGCCCUGAAGGACAUCACGUGAUAUUCAUGAGAUUGCGAUAUGGACGCUAUAUAAUCAGUUCCGAUUUCACAUUUUUGAGGUGAAUGCCUGUUUGUUUUGAAUAAAACAUUAUAUCAUUAAUCCAUAAAGUCAUGUGAACUUGUGGAGAAAUCGAUGACAUUUUGUGUACAUGUACACACAUGGAUUGUUAACCACGAGUUCGACUGUGAAUUCGUGUGAUGUAUUAAUCCGAGCCCAAUCACAACUCCGUCCAUUGUUGAUUAGUGAUUGUAUAUUUUUUGUUUGCAUAAUACAUUUAAUCAUUUUGUCAUUUUCCUGAAAGAUUUAUUGAUCCAUCUAUCACAGAUUAUUCUCGUUGAAGACAUUUUGAAAAGUGUUUGAAUGAGAUCUAUCGCCAUUAAUCAAUGAGAUUGUGUGUGUCACGUGAUUGUGUGUCACGUGACACACACCUUCCUUCAUUAAUCUGUAUGUAUGUAACACUCAUUAAAUGAUCACACUGUUUGUGAAUUCCAUUCUUGAAAACGUGACAGUGUAUGUAACAUUCCGUCCCAUUAUCCAAUAAAGUACCAGUAAUAAAUUAUCUAUGAAAGGCCAGUUUGUAAACAACAUUCCCCCCUUCUAUAUGAUAUUAAUUCCGUUGUGUUAAACAUUCAUCCAAUUUGGAAUUCCGUUUCUCUCCAAUGAUAUGUAUUUACAUGUAUUUAGAAAGUUUCAGAAGUAUUUAAUAUAAUUACGUUGAAGUCUAUGGCACUUGGGUUUGAAGUGACAUUUCUCUACAAAUGAUAUUUCAGAAAGUUCAAAAAUUUAAAUUAUGUUGAAGAGCUCAAAGGGUUAAAGUUAAAAUCUACUGCACUUUCUUGUUUGAAUUUUGAAGUGACAUUUCUCCAUAAAUGCUAUUUGAAAAAGUUGAAUAAUUUAAAUUGCUUUGAAGUGUUUAAAAUGUUAAUGUUAAAUUCUGCUAGACUUUUUUGAAGUGUCAUUUCUUCCCAAUGAUAUUUUAAAAAGUUCAAGACUUAUUAAUUAUAAACAGGGGCCUGUUUCACGAAAUUUUAACUAAGAUAAAAUCCAAAUUUGAGUAAUUUGAUUGGGUAAUAUUAGAUUGAUUUUAGUGCUUAGCCAAUCAAAAUUGAAAUAUCUCCUAAAAUUUGGAAUUUAUCUUUUAGUUAAGAUUUCGAAAAACAGGACCCUGAACAUAAUUCCGUUAGAGUGCUCAUAGGAUUAAUGUUAAAUUCUACUGCACUUUGGUGUGUUUUGGUAUAGAAUAUAUCCUAUAUAUGUGUUAGUAGUUAAAUCUAUUAGUGCAUCUAGAAUUUACAAACAGUAUUUAAUUCUAUUAAACAGUAUUUGUAUUAUUAAAAUGUGCUAAAUGUGUACAGCAUUCGGUAAGCCAGUAUUUUGUAUAGUAACAGACCUGAUAAUUAUUUUUUCUAGAAUGUGAUAUUUUGAAGUGCUUAUUUCUCAAGAUAAUAAAUAUACUGGUAUGAACUGUGAUCCAUUGUUUUCACUGUGUGUCAAUAGAAUUACAUCUAUAUCUAUAGUCUUUUUCAUAUUACAUAUUGCUUGAGUAUGUUUGACUUGUUUAUAUCAUAGAUUGUACAUAUUUUCAGAGUUGUUAUUUAUUUGAACAAAAACAUAAGAUUUGUAUUUUUCUAUUGGAAUUUGUUGCGAUUUUCAGUUCAAAUUAUUUGUUUGUAACAAACAUAAUAAAGUUGGUCUGAAAUCAUA